CCGAUAGACCUGUGAGUAACUGGGGACUUGGCCUGUCUUGCCUUCUGAGCUUGGUGGAAGAUUGGAUGUACAUAAGUUGAUUAUAUUCCAUGAAGUAAUAGCUCUCCACCAGCCCAGGGUUUAAGCUACUUUUUUCAGCAUAUUUCACCUGUGGACUCUUCUACAUAUUGCUUUCUUGGGAAAAAACUGGGACAAGAAAAGGCUGCUUUUACAAGUUAGCAUCCUUUUCCCUCCCUUUCAAGUUGAUGCAAAAGAUAAGACUGUGAUUCCAUUGGAUUGCACCUUUAACUUACAAUAGGAGAAGAGGAAGAAAGGGCAAUGGCUAUGAGUGGAAACUGUGGUCGUUAUCCUCGAGAACAAGGAGCUGCAGUUCCUAACUCCUUCCCUGAGGUGGUGGAACUGAAUGUGGGGGGUCAAGUUUAUUUCACUCGCCAUUCCACAUUAAUAAGCAUCCCUCAUUCUCUCUUGUGGAAAAUGUUUUCCCCAAAGAGAGACACGGCUAACGAUCUAGCCAAAGACUCUAAGGGAAGGUUUUUCAUUGACAGAGAUGGAUUCUUGUUCCGUUACAUUCUGGACUAUCUCAGGGACAGGCAGGUGGUCCUGCCUGAUCACUUUCCAGAAAGGGGAAGACUGAAAAGGGAAGCUGAGUAUUUCCAGCUUCCGGACUUGGUCAAACUCCUGACCCCAGAUGAAAUCAAGCAGAGCCCAGAUGAAUUCUGCCAUAGUGAUUUUGAAGAUGCCUCCCAAGGAAGCGACACAAGGAUCUGCCCCACUUCCUCUCUGCUCCCUGCCGACCGCAAGUGGGGCUUCAUUACUGUGGGCUACAGGGGAUCAUGCACCAUGGGUAGGGAGGGCCAAGCAGAUGCCAAGUUUCGGAGAGUUCCCCGGAUUUUGGUUUGUGGAAGGAUUUCCUUGGCAAAGGAAGUCUUUGGAGAAACUUUGAAUGAGAGCAGAGACCCUGACAGAGCCCCUGAAAGAUACACCUCCAGAUUUUAUCUCAAAUUCAAGCAUCUGGAAAGGGCUUUUGAUAUGUUGUCAGAGUGUGGAUUCCACAUGGUGGCCUGUAACUCAUCAGUGACAGCAUCUUUCAUCAAUCAAUAUACAGAUGACAAAAUCUGGUCAAGCUACACUGAAUAUGUCUUCUACCGUGAGCCCUCCCGGUGGUCAUCCUCACACUGUGAUUGCUGCUGCAAGAAUGGCAAGGGUGACAAAGAAGGGGAGAGUGGCACGUCAUGCAAUGACCUUUCCACCUCCAGCUGUGACAGUCAGUCUGAGGCCAGCUCUCCCCAGGAGACGGUCAUCUGUGGGCCAGUCACACGCCAGACCAACAUCCAGACUCUGGACCGUCCCAUCAAGAAGGGCCCAGUACAGCUGAUCCAGCAGUCAGAGAUGCGAAGGAAAAGCGAUCUGCUCCGGACUCUCACCUCCGGCUCUAGGGAGUCAAACAUGAGCAGCAAAAAAAAAGCUGUUAAGGAAAAGCUCUCAGUAGAGGAAGAGCUGGAGAGGUGCAUCCAGGAUUUCUUAAAGAUCAAAAUUCCAGAUCGGUUCCCGGAGAGAAAACAUCCGUGGCAAUCUGAACUUUUACGGAAGUAUCAUCUAUAGGGGAGGGGUGGGGGUGGG